GAGACACACUUGUAAUGAGAAGUUGGAAUUGAAUUUAUUAGUUUUUGACGGUGAAAAACGUAAUAUUUUGUAUUAAAUUAUAAUUAAUAAAAUUCGAAUAGUAAUACAACAAUUUGAGCUUAAAAUGGAAGUGAACGAAGAUGCAAUUGUGUCUGAAAAUUACUUGUGAAAAUCUACGGGAAAAUUUUCAAGUAAAGCGAAUAGAAUUUUAUGGAAAUAGAGCAAUAACGAUAGAAGUAAAGAAGAAGAGGCGAUUUAAGAAAGAAGCGGUGACAGAGACAGCAGCUAGAGUGAGAGAAAGGUGAUUGCGAAAAAUCGAAAAGAAGAAAAAACAGAAACAGUGAACACACAAACAACAAAAAGUCAGCAACAAAAAUGACAAUUCGGCAGAGACGUCGACAGUGUUGAUUGCAAAGUCGGCGACGACGACAAAAUGUUUGGUCGGCGUACGUGUGUGAAUGAAGAACAGCGUAAAAUAUAAGAAACACCAUUCAUUUAAAAGCAGUGUUAUAAAGUUUUGAUUAAAUAUAAUUCAUUCAAAGAAAAACAAACUUCAUAAAAAGAUAAAAUCGUAAAAGUGUAUUGAAUAAAAUUUUUAAUAUUGGAAAAUACAUAAAAUCUAAAGUAGUAAUUAAAACAGAAAGAAGAAGCAACAAAGUGUAUUAAGGAAAAGAAACAACAAAUUACCGAAAGCUAGUGGAUCCUCUCACACACAGUUUUAUCACGUAAAAACGAACUUGGAGCGUAAAGCAAACGUGAAACAUUAAAAAUCUGGGUACAGCAGCCAGAUUCGGUGUGUAUAUUUCCAGUGGUGUUGUGCAAAGCAAAGCAAAUAGUUGUGUGCUGGUUUCUGUGUUAUUUGUAUUUUGAACGUAUCAGCAGCAGAGGCAACAAUACAAAAACAGCAUAGGUACAAUAGCGGCAACGGUAGCAGCGCAGUCACAGCAACAUUUAUAAUAAUUGUGCACGAGUGUAUCAACGACUGCGACGACGACGACUGCUGUUUCAGAGAUUCAAACAUACGCGAGCACAAUUAUUAGCGCAACGACGUUUAUUUAGUGAAGUGGUUGGAAAAGCAGAAGAAGCGGCAGAAGUAGCAACAAAAGCAUACAAAAUAAAGAAAAAACGGUAAAAAGAAGAAGCAAGCAUGGCAAACAUGAACUAAAUUUUGCAUAAGACGAGAAACGAGCAUUUUGAUUCUAAAAAGUUCACUUCGAUAUGUGUUUUUGCAAAUAAUAGUAAAAUAAAAAAAAGAAGCUAAUAUAAAAUAUAGUUUGUGCGGAGCAUAGAAAAUAGUAAAAAAGGAAUCAAAUUAAUACCAGUAAUAGUAACAUCAGCAACAGUAUUGAAUUUACUGACAUGGUAUUGUGGAAGAAGAAGCAGAUGUGACUACAGAAAAGCAAAAACACGAAUACAGGAGGACGAGCGAAACGCACAAAUUACCCACGAAAGCAACUGAUACAACAGAAAGUACAUUAAAUAUGCUGAAAGUCAAAAAAGAAAAGAGAAUGACUGCGUGAGCUUCGCAGUGGCGGCGAGCGCCUAUUAAAUUUGUACGGUGGCCUCAAAACUUAAAGAAAUAGAAAAAAGUAAAUGGAAACAGAUUAAGAAUAUUAUAUGUAAUAGUGAAAAAAGUGAGAAAAAAAAUAAUAUAUAUAUACUCUAUAUAUAUAUAUAAUAAUCUAAGAGACACUAAAUUUGGAAAUUAGAGAGUCGAAUACCGGUAAGCAGUGUUUUAAAUUUUAAACCACUGCGAGGGAAAAAACAAGGCUCUGAUCGAAUUCCGACAAUAUUUAUAAGAUUAGUUAAAGUAACUGAUCCAAAAAUACUAAACAAGAGUUGAAAGUAAGAAAAAACCGCGCAACACAUCACAACAGAGAAUGUAUGGAAAGGCGAAGACAUCGUCAGUGCCAUCAGAUGCACAGGCACGUGAAAAAUUGGCACUAUAUGUUUAUGAAUACCUGUUACACGUUGGCGCCCAGAAAGCAGCUCAAACAUUUUUAUCUGAAAUUCGGUGGGAGAAAAACAUUACGUUAGGUGAGCCACCUGGGUUCCUACACACGUGGUGGUGUGUGUUUUGGGAUCUCUAUUGCGCCGCGCCAGAACGGCGAGAUCAAUGUGACCAUUCAUCAGAGGCUAAGGCCUUCCAUGACUAUGGUUUUGUUAGUUCCGGCUAUGGAGUAAAUGGAAUUGGUCCCGGUGGACCGCAUAGUGCUGGUGGUCCAGCUCCUAGUCCACUGGGUCAAAUGCCACCAGGUAGUGAAGGUCCGAUGGGGCCAGGUGGUCCAAUGGGUCCUAAUUUCUUUCCAAAUUCUACAAUGCGACCCUCACCACCCACUCAUGCGUCGAGUCCACAACCGCCACCAUCACAAAUGAUGCCGGGACAACCGCCAUUUAUGGGCGGUCCGCGAUAUCCUGGAGGACCACGUCCUGGUGUGCGCAUGCAAGGCAUGGGUAAUGAAUUUAACGGUCCUCCUGGUCAACCCAUGAUGCCGAAUAGUAUGGAUCCAACGAGACCUGGAGGUAUGGGCCCCAUGAAUCCGCGUAUGAAUCCUCCUCGUGGACCAGGUGGAAUGGGUCCUAUGGGGUACGGUGGGCCUGGAGGCAUGCGAGGCCCUGCUCCAGGACCGGGUGGAAUGCCACCUGGUAUGGGUAUGGGAGCGGGUGGACGACCGCCUCAGUGGCAACCAAACGCUACAGCACCAAUGAACGCUUAUUCAUCAUCUUCGCCAGGGAACUAUGGCCCUGGACCUGGUUCGAAUGGACCACCUGGUCCAGGAACGCCGAUUAUGCCAUCACCCCAAGAUAAUACCCAAGCUGGUCCAGGCGGUCCUGGCGAUAAUAUGUACUCGAUAAUGAAACCUGAAUUUCCAAUGGGUGGUGGACCCGAUGGUGGUGGAGGAGGUCCGGGUGGUAUGGGUCCUAUGGGCGGGGGACCUAAUUCAAUGGGUCCUGUACUUAAUGGUGGAGGUGGAGACGGUACUGGAUUAGAUGGCAUGAAAAAUUCGCCAGCAAAUGGAGGUCCGGGAACGCCUCGUGAAGAUUCUGGAAGUGGAAUGGGAGAUUACAAUUUGGGCGGAUUCGGUGGUCCGGGGGAAAAUGAUCAAAAUGAAUCAGCAGCUAUACUAAAGAUAAAGGAGAGUAUGCAUGAAGAGGCCAAAAGGUUUGAAAAAGACUCGGAACACCCGGACUAUUUUAUGCAAUAACAACAUAGUAGCAACACGGCCACGACGCACACGACAGCGGCAGUAGCUGCAGCGGCGGCAGCUUUAGGAGCAAAUAUAUUGAGCGGUCAAGCUGCAGCCGUUUCUCAAAAUCUUAGCACCAGUAACAUUAGCAACACUAGUGGCAACAACAAUCUCAUCAACAAUGCCAACAAUAGUAGUCCCCCAGCAUUAACGCCGCAUUUCCAUAAGGAACUUAAUUUUUAAAGAAAUAAUUUUCGAUUACCAUUAACAUCAGAAAGAGAAAGAUCAUACAAAUUUAUAUAUAUAUACAGUUAUGAGUAAAACGCACUUUUUACUUAUCAAAAACAGUUUAUAAAUAAUCCAAAUUCAGAUCCAAGAAAUGUAAUUUAUCCGGGAUCUUUAAUCGAUGGGUCUGUCUUCUUCCGCAGACAACGCGCCAAUAACGCGGAAAAAUCUUAAAUUAAGGGAGCUACCCAAAUUGAUCCUCGAGUAACUUUUACUUUGAAAAAUUUGCAUAAAGUAUUAAGAUUGUACAAAAUAAAAGCGCAAUUAAAUAUAUCAAUAGAUACCGUGGACAGUUGAUUUUACAAAUCAAAUAAAAGAUAAUUCAUUUCGAAUGUGGAAUUUAAGGUGGUCAAGAUAUCGAAAUUAUACAAAUAUGCAACAAGAAUCCUACAUCCCUGUCUUUGAUUCAUUGCUAAGCAUGAAGCAAAUAUAAAACAACAUGAAUAGAAAAAGAUCAGUAAAGACAUGUUUUUUUUUUGUAAAAAAAUAUACAUACAUUUACCAAUAAUUGUUAAUCCUAAAAUGAUAUGGUACUUAUUAAAGCGAACUUAAACUGUAUAAUAUUUAACAUAAACGACUACAUAUUACUAAAUGCUAAACGCAGAUAUGUUAAAAUAUAAAAACUUAUAGCUAUUAAAAGAUUGCACCUAUGAGGAAAUACUUUAAUGGAAAAAUCGUGCAUAUGUAAUAGUAUUUAGAGUAAACGCGGUAAAUGCAGCAUUACAGUUGUAGAUGCUGCAUAAGCUGCUCACCCAUAAAUAUACGUGUAUAAUAUACUAAAAUAUGGAAUAUGUAAAAUAUAUAUAAAUAAAAGGUGUAUAACAAUUAUUUGUCAGAAGCAGCACUCGAA